CUGAACUACAGGAGGAUUUUAGCUACUCAUGGAGAGAGCAUCGUUUCCUUCAAAGGUUCUCCUAUCCUUCCUCCUGCUCUCUCAACUUCUGGAAGCACGAAUACUAGGCGAUGCAUACAACUACAAGCGCCUGGUCGCGUCUGAUGGCGAUGAUGACGCGGUGCUGUCUUCACCGCACCUGAACCUGCCCCGUGAUGCCGUGGACAGGCACUCCAAGCACGCGCCACCGUCGCCGAAGCACGGCCCGUCGCCGCAUCCGAUCCUUGGUUCCCGGCCGCCGCAAAGGCGCGACGGAGAUGGCGCGCUGGAACAGCAGAGGUGGCUGCCGGCGUCGCCAGCAGAACCUGCGCCUCCGCGUGAUUACAGUCGCCAACAAGCUGAAGCUGCAGGACACCCGCCGGGCCGUCCGGGGGAAAUGAUGCACGCUUUUCUCCAAGCAAUAAGAUAUGUUAGGCAGAUAUACAAGUUACAGCUAGGACCAGUGCAUGCAUGAUUUACCUACUGCUGACAAACAAUCCUAUGGGAAUUUAAUUUAGUCGUCAAUUUCGUGCCCGAAUUAGAGUGAGCUACUUGUGCUAAUUCUACGUUUCCAGUUUCUGCAA